UUAUUUAUUUUCCCUGGAACACCAACUCCGAGCGCGACACCGCCAAGGCUUCCGCUAGGCGAGUAGAAACCCAAUCGCAAGCAGCUUCGACCGCGCGUGCCGCAGCUGAGCGCCAGCGGCAGGUAGACGAGAGAAGUCUCCUCCUACACCCCCAACUCCGGCCCAGACAACGCCGAGACGGGACAGGAUGCAGAUCUUCGUGAAAACCCUAACCGGGAAGACCAUCACGCUCGAGGUUGAGAGCAGCGACACCAUCGACAACGUCAAAUCUAAGAUCCAGGACAAGGAGGGUAUACCCCCAGAUCAACAAAGAUUGAUUUUUGCUGGAAAGCAGUUGGAAGAUGGUCGAACCCUAGCUGAUUACAACAUUCAAAAAGAGUCAACACUGCAUCUGGUUUUAAGGCUUAGGGGUGGAACAAUGAUCAAGGUGAAGACACUUACUGGAAAGGAAAUUGAAAUUGACAUUGAACCCACUGAUACCAUUGAUAGGAUCAAGGAGCGAGUAGAGGAGAAAGAAGGAAUUCCACCAGUGCAGCAAAGGCUCAUAUAUGCAGGAAAACAGCUUGCUGAUGACAAGACUGCCAAGGAUUACAACAUCGAGGGUGGUUCUGUCCUUCAUCUUGUGCUUGCUCUAAGGGGUGGUCUGUAGCAGGAGCUCAUGUAUGUACUACUGCAACUGUUGUGUUUUUGCAGCUCUUGACAUCAAAAUAAAUACUUGGCACCUUUUGGGAGUGGUUUUAUAUGUUCCAAUGAGAGGCAAAUUUGCCGCUGUUAUUGAAAUUGCAUGAAUGCUUAAACUGAUUAGACUUGUGAGCUUCAAGACUUGCUUGUUGGAUAUUAUGCUGUUCCUGUUAUUUAGGUCUUCUUAUAUGGCUUUGUUGUAAUUUUGUUCUUUAAGUACUCGUUGAGUAAAGAGAUAAAUGUAUCAGUGUUUUUAUGCAUUUACCUA